CCCCCGCUGCGGAUGCACUGAUCAGCACGUACUCUGCUGCCUACAUACAACGCCGCUCCCUCCGCCGGCCGGAACUUUAUCCGCCUUCCUCUCUGCCGCAGUGACGCCGAGCCCAGUGCGGAGGUAGCGGCUGCCCGUGUCAUAUACCGGUCCCUAACCCCCAGUGUGGUCAUACAGCCGCCGCUCAGUGUGUAUCAGUGAGAUAAACAGUUAGUGGCAGUUGGGGACGGGGGACUAUUUUCCCAUUGAUACGUGACGUGAAGGGGCGCUGUUAUAUGUGGAUCAUACAGGCGGCGGAUGGAUACGCCGUGUGGUAGUCGUCACUGGUUGGAUUCCCCCAGCUCUGUGUAUUAGGGAAUCGCUUUAACUUUGACUGGAGGCGGCUACAAGGAGGGGCUACGGGCGCCUGGCAACUCGCUGUUGAGUAGCAGGCUGCUCCACCAAUCGUGCCCAGAUAUUACCCCGGACUCCCCGCCUACAUCCCACUGGUAGCCAAUGGCAGCGCGGAGGGGGCGUGGUGUAGAAGGUGAGCGUGCAGUGUUUGUCCGCCUGCCCUGCAUACUAGUGCUGCUCUGAUUGAGUCGAACUAGGUGGCUGCGGGUUGGGAGUGACAAUAGACGGGGCAGCGGAGUCCUGUGUGCGCGGUGCCGAGCUGACUGACAACCCCACUAUCGGUGGAUGCGAGAGAGAGCCACGGUGCAACCAUGAUGGUGCUCAAGCACCAAGAGAGUCUGCACGUCCUGGUCGGGCAGAGGUUUGCUGGCGUGCUGGAGAACGACUCGCCGCUGGACACCGACCGAGUGUUGGACUGGCCGUGGAAAUAUGGCAUCAUCCGAGCAGCCUCCCACAAAGAUAUCCACUGUCCUGAUUUAAAGCUUUGCGUGGAGUUUGACGAUGAAUCUUGGGAGAAGAGAGAAUGGAUUGAGAUGUAUAGCGGUAAAGUCCAGAUCUUCCUGGUGGAGCACAGCUUGGCAAUGGCACACCGCAUGUGUCCAAGUAACCCCACCGUGUCUGUGGUGUGCCCAGCAAUGCAUUAUAAGGUAUUGGUGAGCAAAGUCUCUAUGGAUCCCUUUACAUGCAUACAGUUCCUUGGGGACAAAAACAAAGUCUUCAUGAAAACAGACGUCGUUCAGCCUGUGCAGGAUCGGGAGAGCUUGAAGCAAUUUAUGCAUGCAAACAAAACAUUCAAUAAAGCCUUCCAGGAACUCAUAAGGAAAAAUGUGGAUGAGAAUCGCAUUCUGCAAGGUGCUAAGAAUUUAAUUGGGACAUCUGUGAAGGUGUACAGUAUGAGUGAAGGCUUCCAGUGGUUCAGUGCAUCCGUGGUGGAUGCCAACAGCAAUACCCGGACUCUGCAGAUUAAAUGUGAACAGGUCCCCGAUUUAAAGAUCAUUGACCCUGCACUGAUAGAUGUUGAAAUUGUGCACAACUACGCUGAUAAAGUUAAGACCAAGAAAUCCCAGAAACGGCGUUCUGAGGAAGUCUCAUUGAAACUAAAUGCAAAGCAGAAUAAAGUGGAAAAGGUUCCAACAAAGGAGCAUGUUCAGAAACCAAGCUUCAUUACAUAUUCCAGAGAUGAUGGGAAGACGUUGGUGGUAGUGGACAACCCCAAAUCCUCAGGGAACCCCCUUUUGAAUAUUAUGAAGCCACCUCUGGAGAGUGCAAAAGCUGAUCAAGCCGUGGCUCCAAGUCUGGUGUCCAAGCAAUCUGUUCCGGUUGGCUUUGGAGAAGCAUUGCUAGGAUGUACAGCCGCAACACCUAGCAGCCACAGCCAGACUUCCCAUCCCACUCCUCCGCAGGCAAACUCUCCGCCAAGCUUUGGUGCUGCAACACCUCCAGGGAAAUGUACCCAGAACUUACCAAGUGAAACCUCCUCUAUUCUGAACAGUGAAUCGAAGUGUGAAGAGAAGAACUUGUUUCUCAGCGCUGCAAUGUCACAAGGCAAUAAGAUGCUAGGAUUUGGUCUAGCAGAAAAGUCCCCUGCCACAUUUUCAUCGGGCUCCGGGUUUUCAUCCUGGGGCAGCCAAACAAGUGGCGAAAAUGGGUUUAAAUCCGAAAACCUCUUUGCAGCCUUUACAAAACCCUCAACUCUGUUCCCAAAGGGCUUCGAGUUUUCAGUGGAGCGUUUUCCUGAGAAAAACACCCUCUCCGUGACUGAUUCACCACGCCUUGGCAGUUCGGAGGCUUUAAAAAAACUGGCACGGCCGCCUGCUCAGAGCCCUCUUGUGUUCAGCUCCGCUCCCGUAACGGAGACCAAACCUAUCGCCACUUCUGCCUCGCCCACCAAUGAAAUCACAAGCACGCCACAAAGCAUCAAUGCUGAUAAGCCUCAAAAAGUGGGCGCUCCAUCCAAGAGCCCAAGUAAAAAUGAAGGGGUUACAUACCCCAGAUCUAUACUGAUGGACCCACAGACGCUGAAGAGGCUCCUAUCGAGCGGAGACUGCUUUGUGCAGGAUGGCUCUUGUAAUGACAUUGCUCCUCAUCUUCACAAGUGCAGGGAAUGUCGCCUGGACCGCUUUGGGCGGAGCAAAGAGCAGCGAGACUCUGCCGUCUUCUGCCGCUUUUUCCACUUCCGGAGAUUACACUUUAACAAGCACGGAAUACUGCGGGAAGGAGGCUUCCUGACGCCUAAUAAAUAUGACGCUGAAGCAAUAAACCUGUGGCUGCCGUUAGUGAACAACGUUGUGGGACUGGACCUAGACACUGCCAAGUACAUCCUGGCCAACAUCGGGGAUCACUUCUGCAAGCUGGUUAUGUCUGAGAAGGAACUGAUGGCUGCUAUAGACCCACAGAAACAAGUGGCCUGGAAGCGCGCUGUGCGGGGGGUGCGAGAAAUGUGCGAUGUUUGCGAUACAACCAUCUUCAAUCUUCACUGGGUUUGCCCCAAGUGUGGCUUUGGAGUGUGUGUAGACUGCUACCGGAUGAAAAAGAAGAGUAUGAGCAGCGGCAAUGAAGGAAAUGAAUCUUUCUCCUGGUUAAAGUGUGUUAAGGGACAGUUACAUGAGCCUGACAAUCUAAUGCCAACACAAAUAGUCCCAGGAAAAGCCCUGUAUGAUGUGUGUGACGUAGUUCACGCUGUCAGAGGACGGUGGGGAAUAAAAUCUAAUUGCCAGUGUUCCAGCAAGCACCAAAAGCCUUUAUCCAAACCAACUGUGAAAGAAGAAGUGAAACAGAGUUCUUCAAGCCCUGAACCGGCCAACGCAAACCUUCUGCAGCCAAAUAAGGUUCCCGCGCAGGAUUCGUUAUCGGCUACUAGUAAAGCCCCCUCGUCUUUAGGUUCUGGCCCUUUAAGUUGGUUAACGAACAUGCCAAACGCAAAUGUGAACAAGGAAAACAAAGAUAACCUCUUCACAUCCGCCUUGAAAACAGAAAGUAAAGCACUACCCUCCUUCGCCACUUUUGGAAAGCCUGCCUCCAGUCUACAGACGUUCAGCAGCUCCAUUCUGUCACCCAUGAGUAGUAACAGCUCCGGUUUUUUACGGAACCUUCUCAAUUCUUCCAGCACCAAGCACGAGAGCAGUGAGAAGAGUACGCCGAAGCUGCUUGAUGACAUCUUUGCUUCAUUAGUCCAGACAAAACCCAUUAGUGACCCAGUCAGAAGACCACAAGGGCUUGCUGUACAGCCCAGCCUCAUGGGGUUCAAUACACCGCACUACUGGCUGUGUGACAAUAGAUUGCUCUGUCUACAAGAUCCCAGCAACAAGAGCAACUGGAACGUGUUCCGGGAGUGCUGGAAACAGGGACAGCCAGUCAUGGUUUCUGGUGUGCACAAAACAUUGAAUAGUGAAUUGUGGAGGCCGGAAUCAUUCAGGAGAGAGUUUGGGGAUCAGGAGGUUGACCUGGUGAAUUGCAGAACUAAUGACAUCAUCACGGGAGCCACCGUUGGGGAAUUCUGGGACGGCUUUGAGGACAUAUCCAGACGCCUUAAAACUGAUGCUGGGGAUGCUAUGGUGCUGAAACUGAAGGACUGGCCCCCUGGGGAAGACUUUAGAGAUAUGAUGCUGUCACGAUUUGAUGAUCUAAUGAACAAUAUCCCACUGCCGGAAUACACCAGGAGGGAGGGAAAGCUGAACCUUGCUUCCCGGCUUCCUUCUUACUUUGUCCGCCCUGAUCUGGGACCCAAAAUGUAUAAUGCUUAUGGGUUAAUUACACCAGAGGAUCGGAAAUUUGGAACAACGAAUCUCCAUUUGGAUGUGUCUGAUGCCGCCAAUGUAAUGGUGUACGUAGGCAUUCCACAGGACGAGGGGGAUCAGGAGAUAGAAGUUCUAAAGACUAUACAAGAUGGCGACGCAGAUGAACUAACCAUAAAGCGCUUUGUGGAAUUCAAGGAGAAGGCUGGGGCCCUGUGGCACAUCUUUGCGGCAAAGGACACGGAGAAAAUCCGACAGUUCUUGAAAAAGAUAGCGGAGGAACAAGGCCACGAAAACCCUCCAGACCACGAUCCCAUCCAUGAUCAGAGCUGGUAUCUGAACACCACAUUGAGGAAGCGGUUGCUCCAGGAACACGGCGUUCAGGGCUGGGCCAUUGUUCAGUUUUUGGGAGAUGCUGUCUUCAUCCCAGCUGGAGCCCCUCACCAGGUGCAUAACCUGUACAGCUGCAUAAAGGUGGCCGAGGACUUUGUCUCCCCCGAGCACAUUAAGCACUGCUUCUGGCUUACUCAGGAAUUCCGCUAUCUCUCCCAUACACACACCAAUCAUGAAGACAAGUUGCAGGUGAAGAACGUCAUCUAUCACGCUGUGAAAGAUUCAAUUGCAAUACUGAAAGCUAAUGAAGCCAGCCUUGGGAAGGUUUAAUGCUGAAGCUUGGGUACCAUACAUUGGGUGGACUUCUUCUUCUGGCAGCUUAUCCGCAUCCAUCACUAGCUCAGUGAACAUUACCUCGUACAGCACGUACCCAAGAUGCGCUUUUAGGAGAUGUUUACAGUCCCUGGGAUGGUUAGCAGAUGGUGAAGAUCCCGAUUGCGGUCCAGUAUCCUGGAGCUGCAUUGUCCUACUACAAACACCUCUUUAUAGAGGUGCCAUACUAAAAAAAUAUAUAGUUUGUUGGAAAAACCAAAACACUUUUUUUAGACUGUACAAAAGAAUACCUCUUGUUUUUUGGAAUACUCCAAAAACAUCCUGUAAAUCUGAUUUAAAUAUCCUUCAGUUUUUUGUUUUGUUUUUUUAAUAUUUUCAGCUUAUACGGAGGUAAUAUAGAAAAAAAAUGUUUUUUGUGCUUUUUUUUAUUUUAUUAUUAUUUUAAAAAUAUAAAAAUAAAAGUUCUUGUAGCCAUGAAAGCAUUACUGGAAAUGUGUGCUGAAAGUAAAAUGUAAAUAAGCAGGAUCUUAUAAUUUUACAAUGAUUUAGAACUAGCACUGAUGUGCCUGGAAUUCUGUAAUUAAAUGCAUUGAUUUAUAUAUAUAUAUAAUUUUUUUCGUUGACUUGUAUGACUUUAAUUUAACAUUUAUUUGGUUUGUUACUUUAACCAUAUGGGAAAGGGAGGGGGUAGGAAGGGGGGAGACAAAAGCCCCGGUUAGAUAACGGGUCUUUGAGUUCACUUGUAUUUUUUUUUAUUAGUACUUAAGUACUUGAAAAAAAUUAAAUAAACUGUAAUUUGUGUUCGUA